AUGGAUUUUUCCAUUGUCGACAGUGGACAAAUUGGCCAGCCCAAAGUGACCAAAGUUUGGAUGGCUUAUUUCCGUUGCGAUCCUUUGCCGGUUCUCGAUGAGCUCCAAGUUGAAGUCAUCCGAUGGAAAGGAUCAAAGGAAAGAAAGAUGCUGACUUUGAAGUACUCCGAGGUGAAGGACAUGGACGGAGGCGAGGAUGCAAUAGCAGAGUUUAAGCCCAUGUCUUAA